ACGCACGCGAAUUAUAACACACUCGGAAUACAUUUACCGAGUGCAAAGUUAUCUGUGAAACAAAGUGCAGAUCUAGUCUAUUUGUUGUUGGUUUUUUGAGAUUUAUACCGCACUUUAUAGUCAACAGAAAAAAAUGAAUGUCAUUUCAAAUUUAAGCCGGGUGGCACAGUCCAUGGAGCAAAUGGUGUUAAAUAGAUGUAUUCAUACUACGUCAAUAACAAAUAGAGUUCAAUCAGGGCGAUACAGAGUCACAUUAAAGAAAAAUAGGCCUUUAACUUAUGAAAUGGCCUAUCAACCUUGUCACAUAGCUCAUAAAAAGUCAUGGAACUCGUGGAAUACAUCUAACAUUGACGGAGGUAACAGAGUGAUGGAGACUACUAUAGAAGAUAUGUUCAUUCGCAGAUUCAUGACAGGAACAUGGCAUGCACUGUUUGUUAGUGAAAUUAUUAUCAAGAGACAUCACAAUAUGGUUAGAAUAGCAGGAAUCAUAUUACGUAAUCUUGAUCCAAGGAAAAUUUAUUUUUUGACUGGUUACAGUGAAGAAUUGUUAAGUUAUUAUUUACACUGUCCAGUAAAGAUUGAAAUACAAUCAGUAGAAAAGAGGGAAGAUGUUGUUUACAAAUAUAUAUAAAAAACUUUAUUUUAAGUGUAAAAUAUAAAAA